AUGGCCAAACCAAACAACAACAAAGAUACAAGCAAUGUAUCUUCCCAAAAGCUCCUCCUAUCCCAAAUCAUCAACUCCCUCCUCACAAACCUCAUGAACCUAUCAACCCUCACAACACUCCUCAUUCUCAUCACCUCCCAAUUUGCCUUGCUCCUCACACAGAAAACCUUCAAUCCCAUUUACCAUUUUCUCCCUUCCUCACUCUUACUCCUACUAAUCACCGCCCGAUCAUCAUUCCGCGCCUUGCGGGCCCCUCCACCCGUGUAUCUCGUCGACUUCACGUGCUUCAAACCCCCGAACUUUUGCCGCGUCCCGAAAUCCACCUACCUUGAGCACGUCUCGAUGCUCGACUUCCUCGACGGCGAGAGCGUGUCCUUCAUGUCAAAAGUCCUCAAGCGCUCGGGGCAGGGCGAAAUGACGUACCUGCCCCCGGCCGUCCACACGAUCCCCCCGAGUUCCUCCCACGGGGAAGCGGCCCGCGAGGCCAGGCUCGCGCUGUUCCCCGUGUUCGAGGCCCUAUUAUCCAAAACGGGCCUCGGCCCGAGUGAGAUUGACGUUCUGAUAGUGAACUGCAGCGGGUUCUGCCCGGAGCCGUCGCUGUCGGCGGAGGUGGUGAGAGAGUACGGACUGCGGGAGGACGUGAAGAGCUUCAAUUUGAGCGGGAUGGGGUGCAGCGGGAGCGCGCUGGCGGUGGCGGCGGCAGCGGACGUGCUGAGGGUCGGCGGCCGGCCGGGGAACGCGGUGGUGCUGAGCACGGAGGUGCUGUCGACGGGGUGGUAUCCGGGGAGGGACCCGGGGAUGAUGGUGCUCAACUGCGUUUUCCGGUGGGGGGCGGCGGGGGUGGUGGUGACCAGCCGGAGGGAGGCAGGGAGGACGGCAAAGUACAGGCUGGUGCAUCAUGUGAGGAGUCAGAGGGCAUGGGACGACAGUGGAUAUUAUUCAGCUAUCAGGGAAGAGGACGAGGAGGGGCUCACCGGAGUUACUCUCCGCCGGGACUUGCUGCAGGUGGCAGGAGAAACACUGCGAAGAGACAAGGGCGUUGGACGGGCAGCCCCACGUGGCUUUAAAAAUCCGGAUUGUGGACUUUUAUCUAGCAAACCCAUGUGGGCCAUUGACUCAAGAAAUUCGUAA